AUGCCUUUUCAAGCGUUCAAGCGAAUACCAGUUUUAAUCGGACCUGUGGCUACGCCAGUCAACAACUCUAAUCUAUACUUUACGCUCAUGCAAAUUGUUGUUGCUAUUCUAUGUCUGGUGGCACUGGUAAUUAUGUUGAGAAUCAAUACUUUAACUUAUCGAAAACGACACGAGUCGAUGAUGCAGUUGGCUGACAGAUAUCAUUUGGACGAGAAUAUUCGAAUAGGGAAAUAUUAUAUACCUGUUGCUCUGAACGACUUCAUUUGCAAGGUGAUUUUCGUAGGACUUUUGGCAUAUUCGGUAUUUUUCACUGAUAUUCCACUUGGCCACGAUACGACCCAUCUAAGUCAUGCAUACGAUGUGAUGUUCGCGUGCCAACGAAUGUUCUUCGGGUUGGCGUUGACAUUGCGAAGCGAGAAAUUUGAUAAUCUGAUGAGACGAAAGAAGAGAGCCAUUCGGGUGCUUGACAGUCAAACAUCAAUUAAUCAUUUUGAUGGACUCAGAAAACUUUGGUCAUGA